AUGUCCCUCCAGACCUCUCUUUACCACGCCGAUUCCGACGCGGAUGACGAGUACGAGCGCAGCGUGAUCACCUCCCCGCACCUUCAAACAGACUCCGAGGCUUCUCCUACCGAUUCCGACAUUCUCUCAACUGAACAUACUCCGACGAAGUUCGGAAAUGACGGCUCGCGCACCCCGCGAACAAUGAUCUCAGAAUGGACAGCAGACGAAUGUGUGGACUUCUUGACGUCACUGGGGCUACUGCAGUACUGCGGCACUUUCCGAGAGAAUGGAAUUGUGGGCGAAGCACUCGUCGCGCUGAAGCACGAUGAACUCAAGGAGAUGGGAAUCAAUAGCGUGGGCCAUCGGUUGACGAUCUUGAAAAGUGUCUAUGAGAUCAAGACUCGGCAGCAUGUGCCCCUUGAUGUUGACCACUACAUUCCACUCUCUGCGGAUCAGAGCAUGAACGAGAAUGCUACACAGGAUGAUAUCGCCCGCUUGAUCCAGUCAAUCCAACGCCGUGACGAAAAGAUCAUGUCGGUUGAGGCAGAAAUGCAUCGCCUCGCGGAGGAUUAUAGACGUUUAAGAGAAGAAAUACUGCCGGCCAUCAAAAUCGCCAAGGAUCGAUCCCAGCCACUACCUCCCCCGUCUUCGCUGGGGCCAUCUUCAGACACAUAUCAUGACAGCACAACACUCAUAUCACCCUCACAACUCACUCUUGUCGACAAUUCUACCAGUGCGAAAUUGCACCGAGCUUUCUCGAAGCGCACCUAUACCGGAGGCACCACGCCAAAGAAUAGCUCUCCCACGCACAUCCCACCUUCUGUGUAUGAAGGACGGAAUUACCAUGAGAACCAAAAUCUCGACCCAUCCGCGGCGGCUGUGGCUGCUUCGUCUCACCUGACCGCCUCGAUGAAUGGAGGCCUUCAACAUUCCCCGGGCGUCCCGUCACCGACCUCUCCCAACACACAUACGUCCCAACACCAAACGCUGAAUCCGCGAUCCUAUUCUCAGCCUAGCUCUGCUGGUCGUAGCAUACAUGACCACGCAGAGGAUAUACCACCUCGGGCUUCAUCGCGAACCGACCGGCUUACCCCAAGCCAGCAACCUUCCCGCACAGACACACCUUCCGGGGCACGGGUUGAAUCACAGGCACCACCUGGUCAACCAUCCAGCGUGGAAAUAUUCAAGUCUUUCCGUGUUUCCUGGGAUGAUCCAUGCUACAAAGUGCUACCCGCUGCGCUGAAGAAGUACAAUAUCCACUCUGAUCCCAAACUCUACGCACUGUAUAUCGUGUACGGAGACCAGGAACGAUGCUUGGCGUUGGAUGAGAAACCUCUUAUCCUCUUCAAGCAGCUUGAAAAGGAAGGGCGGAAACCGAUGUUCAUGCUCCGGAAGAUCCACCCGGAUAAUCCAACGUACCCAAUCCCAGGGUCGGCCCCCAGCAGCGCAGGAUUUGAAGGUGGGCGGCAGGCGCAGAUAAAUUUACCAGGAGGUGUUCUGUGA